AGCAGCCCGUCCAUUUUCAUUACAACGGAGGUCCAUUUCAACCUAUGAUGGGACUCAGCGGGGUAUGGCGGUGGCUGCGCGGGGAGCCUUCCAUCCCUGGCGUGGUGUACAGCGAGGACAUGACGGACCUUGCUGCGAGUCUGGAGCAGCAGCUCCGCACUCCAUGGGUCGGCAACUUGCGAAAUGUGCGGAUGGAGACGGCACCGGCCCUGAUUGUGCGCACGAGCAGCCCGCAGGAGUCGAAGCCCGGCCCGGAGACGGAGCCCUACACCUUCUGGGAGCGUGUUGGCCUCGUUCCUGUGCACCCCUCGCGUGUGCGGGCACGGCAGUACUACCACCCCAUCACCGACUUUGCCCUCUACGACUACGACGAGAUUUCGCCCGAGGAGAAGGAGCUGACGGCGAAGUGGAUGGCGAAGGUGAUGGAGUUCAACGGGGCCACCCCGGCGGGUAUUCUGUGUGCGGCCGGCUGCGUCGUGCUGCCUCUGCACACCGUCUACCGCAUGCCGCUGCUGGUCGCGGCGGGCAUCACGGGCGUGGCGGUGGAGGUGACGCGGGCGUACUUGGCCGCCUCCCAACAGCGUCAGGACCUGGAUGACUAUCUGCUCUCCAAGGAGAUUUGGUACAUCAAAAACGUGGAGACGUAUCAGCUGGGGCUGCCCCGCAUUCCGCGUGGCCGUGAGCGGGAGUAUCAGCAGUACGUGGACGGCGCCGUGUCAGGCCAAACGCAGGAGCUGCCCGAAGCGCUGGCUCGUGGGCUGCGCGUGUAG